CUACAGCUUCCCUCCAAGAUGGCAACUUAGUGGCAACUGGUGGCAACCAGCAAACAGCAAAUCCAGACCCAUUUUAACUUAUCUCUCAUCUGAUAUUUCAAAAACGUGAGCUCAAACUUAUGUUUCAUACCUUAGACUCCCUGUUGUAUGAAAAAUACAAACAAUGAUGGCUGCACAGUGGACAUGAGAGGUUAAGAUUUCUUUAGCCAAAACAACAGUUUUAUCGUAAUAACCAUGACGGUCAUGUGUCUCCUUGUAAGAGGACACACACGGACCAGAAAUGCCAAAGUGUUUUCAAAUAUCGCUUAUCAAAAGCGGAAGUCUGACAAACCCGAACCAUCGCCCAAAGUAACCAACAUACAACGUGAUAGCGUAAAUAUAGAAACUAAGAAUGUGGACACUAAGCCUGUUGUCAACAAGACUUUCGUACCCUUUUAUGAAAUGUUAUUAAGAAGAAGGGAUGAAGCUCGUAGAAGCAUACUAAUGGAAAUUGAAGGGCUGCAAGAUGCAGGACGUGUAAAACAGUUUUGUACCAAGAUAGGGCCCGUGAAGCACUGCUUCUUUUACAGAAGGCCUGGGAAGAACUUUGUCUUGGUUGAGUUCCAAACUGCUGUAAGCAAGAUGAAAACAAUGGAAAAUUCUUAUGAUUCAAAAGACCCACAGUCCAUACCUGUCUUCUCUCCAUUUCUUUAUUUUCAAUCGGACCCUCAAAGUGGAAGAAGUCAAGCUCUAACUGAUCUUACUGAGGACAUCCAAUGCAAAGAACAAGCAGCUCUAAAAGAACUCAAAGAUCUCCAAUGUAGCAGCAAAAACCGCCUGAGGAUGGAAAUGGAUCAUUUGUAUAAGAAAUCCAAAAUAUCAGAUUUAAGCAUAAGACUCCGGUACUUUACUUGCCACCAGUUGGAUCUGGCACUAGAGGGGCUAUUCAGGGAUGUGAAAGCCCUCCCAUUUGGGUCCACAGUCAGUGGGUUCGGACGUAAUUCAGGAGAUCUUGACAUUUACCUUCAUUUUAAGAAGAACCUUUGUCAGGUGAUUAAAGACGACACAUCCAAGUUAUUUUUCCACUCCAAAUCUUGGGUUCGGGAUAAAAGUAUGCAAUUGAAGCUCAUAAGUGAUUUAAUAAGUCUCUUGCUCCCUGGCUGCACAAAUGUGGUAAGCAUCCUAGGAGCUCGGGUACCAAUUAUCAAGUAUCACCAAAUCAUGACCAAUGUGGAGUGUGACAUUCAAAACUCUUCAGCUGCAGGUGUUGAUACCAGUCACAUUUUAUAUACAAUGAAUAAAUGGGAUCUUCGUGUAGCCCCUCUUGUCUACUCACUAAGGCUCUGGGCUGCUCAGAAUAAUAUUACUUGUGUGAAAAAACCUUCACCUUACAUCACUAAUUUUUCUCUGAUGCUGAUGGUCAUAUUUUUCCUUCAAACUGAACAGAUUCUACCAUCUCUACACUCUUUUAGUAGACUACCAACUACUUUAACUUCUUCAAGUUUUGAUCCUGAUGCAGAAUUGUUCUUUCCUGACUUGAGGAGGGUGGAAAAGGGCCUAUUGUCAGGUGGAAAUGAAGAGAAAAUUGAUAGUUUGCUUGUCAAGUUUUUCAUGUUCUAUUCAACUUUCAGUUUUGAGAAAAACAAAAUUUCUGUCUACCAUGGUAAAGUAAUGCCCAAAUCAUCAAGGUUAAUUUUAGAGAUAGAGAACCCCACUAAUCCCUCUCUGAAUGUCGCAAAAAAUGUGAGGCCUGAAUACCUUCAGGUAUUCCAGAUAGCUGCAAGAGAGGCCGCAAAAGUGCUGGGUGAACGAGAAUUUCAAUCAAAAAGCCUCCUAGAUGUCAUUCCACUUACAAGGCAUGACAUGAAUGGAAGUGUGCAGGAAAGGGGAAACAGAAAUAGAAAUGCAAAUAAUAAUUAGACAAAUGUUCAGUAUUUGUACAAUCUGUA